AUGUUUCUCGCAGCAGAGAUUUUCGUGUUUGCGGUGAGCCCACUUGGCCUUCUCACCAACGCCCUUUUCGUCUUUUUCGUUGUUCGCAUCAAGUCCAUGCGAACACCCUUCAACAUCAUUCUUUGCAACCUGUCGGUAGCCGGAGUCUUGUUCUUAAUUCUCGCAGUGUUUUACACGCAUUUCGGUGCCAGAGAUGAGCCCCUCAAACGCGUUUUCUGUUUCCUGUUCGCCAUCUGCUACGUAGCGUCCGGUCUUUUUGUGAUUCUCGUUGCCUCUGAACGCCUCCUCGCAACUUUUACACAGUUCUCGUCCAUUUGCCAAGACUCCAAUGGACGCUUGGCAGCAGUUUGCGCUGGCUGCUGGCUGGUAGCACUGGCCUGUGGUGGGCUGAUCAAGCUUUGCGUCUUGGUGUUCUUCGACAGCCCGUACACUUUGAUGAUCAUAGUUCUCGUGCUCAGUGCAUUGUUCCUCGUUGUAGACAUCAUCCUGUAUGGUUGUACUAUCUGGAGACUGUGCAAACGCCCGUUGGUAUCACCUACCUUACAGCGUCGAGUUGUCAUCAAGUUGGCCAUCACCACCCUGAUUGUCUCAAUCUUUGAUUCAACCCAUGCCGUACAGAUCAUCGUGCACUACUUCGCCGAGGGGAGGCUGGAUCGGACACCUUUCGAGAUGUUUCUUUUGGCCAUCAGCUCUGUCAGUGCCACCAUCAACCCGAUUGUCUACGGUUUCUUCAGUUUCGAUUUGAAGAAGUUCUCGGCAAGGAAGAUAUUUUGUGAAUGCUGCGCCAAUAAGCGUGGAUCAAACGGUUAUUCGAACGGUCAACUCGUACCACAGUCAACUCGUACCGGCUAUUCAACGUACGUUGUAGUGAAGAUCCAGAAGAGAUGUCAACUCGUGCCACAGUCAACUCGUACCAGCUAUUCAACGUACGUUGUAGUUCAAAUCUAG